AUGAGAUUCGCCACAAUUCUAUUGUUUUCGGCAGUCAUGAUCGCCGUUGUUUAUUCUCAAUCAGAUGAAAAAAUAGAAGCUGAAUCCUUGGCAGGUGUCGAUGUCGAUUUGGCUGUAGACGCUGAUGCAAUAGCGAUACGCAAGGCUCGUGGCCACCACGGACAUGGGCACCAUCCAGGUGGUCACGGUGGACAUGGGGGAUAUCCUGGUGGAUACGGUGGCGGAUAUCCUGGAGGGUAUGGCGGCGGAUAUCCUGGAGGAUAUGGAGGUGGUUAUCCAGGAGGUUAUGGCGGUGGAAAUAGUGGCAGUAUUGCUUUUGCGUUAUCUGGAACUCUUUCUGGUGCAAACUUUGGAUAA